GGCUAGCAAAAGCGCUUCAUCUGUGCGUGAUUUUCUUUCAGGAUCCCAGGCUUGCUGGUGUUGCACCUUCCAGCGGUUCGAGGCAGGCCUCGGCAUGAGUGAAGUGAGAAAGACGCGCAAAGUUCCAUUCCACAGCAUGAUUGACGGCGUGCCGCGGUGCCCUUUCACAACAGCGGAAAGAAUAAGGCGAGCGGUUGCCUUCGUACCAGAAAAGGGCGACCUCCUGCAAAUAUCGUACCCGAAGAGCGGAACACAUUGGGUCCAGUACAUCACGCAGCUUAUACUGCGAGAAGGCGAGUACGCCAGAACCUACGCCGAGUUCAUCGGUGCGGCGGUGUUUCUCGACUACUACGACGUCCGUUGGGAAUCCCGCCUUGCAGAAGGAACCUUGAGACUGUUCAUGACCCACAUUCCGUUGCGCCGUGACAAGUUCAACCCUGAAGCCAAGUACAUCUACGUGGCGCGGAAUCCGUGGGACGUUUGCGUGUCUUUUUAUCACCACGUCAAAAGUUUGAGCUGCUUCCGCUUCGAGGACGGCAGCUUCGAUGACUUUUUCGAAGUCUUCAUAAGGGGCGACUUCGGGUACGGCGAUUAUUUUGAGCACGUUCUGUCCGCCUACCUUUUGAGAAAUGAGCCGAACGUUCUUUUCCUUACCUACGAAGAACUAAAGAGGGACACGGCUGCUACAGUUCUGCGGAUGGCGAGCUUCUUCGGCGAGCGCUACGUCCGUUUGCUUCAGGAUGACAGCGAAAAGGGACGUAAGAGGCUGGAGCUUGUAUUGGAGAGGGCCAAGCCGGAGAACAUGAAGGCAGCGAUGGACCUUGACCUAACUAAAAGUGGUAGGGCCGAAGUGGACGCCCGGAUGAAGGAACUCAAUCUGUCGUUCAACGCAGCCCUCGUGGGAGACGAGACGCGCUUCAACUUUGUCCGGAAGGCCAAAGUCGGAGCCUGGAAAGAAUAUUUCAACCGUGAUCAGCUGCGGCGCUUUGAGGACACCAUUGUAGAAAAGACGAAGGGAUCCGGAGUGAUGGAACUCUGGGCAGAUAUCCGUCGCGAAGCCCUACUGCUUGCGCAGGGAUAGCGUUAUACGCCGCAUACUGGAAUACGUGCUUGUCGCAUGCUUGUCCGGCGAGGAAUAAAGUUUAGUUUCCACUUG